AUGGACGACAAUGGCGAGGAUUGCGUGUACUUCGGGCGCGCGUUGGAGCGCGAGGAGGGCGCGGGGGGCCGCAAGCUGCACCUGGCGGUGGCGGAGGGGCGCGCGAAGCAGGCGGUGCCGCCGUGGCAGCAGGAGGCGCGCGACGAUGAGGGCAGGCGGCGGUUUCACGGCGCGUUCACGGGGGGCUUUUCCGCGGGGUACUUCAACAGCGUGGGGUCCAAGGAAGGGUGGCAGCCAGCAUCGUUCCGCUCGUCGCGCUCGCAGCGCGCGGAGGUGCAGCCGCAGCGCGUGGAGGCGCUCAUGGACGCCGACGAGCGCCACGACGCGCAGCGCGGCGCCGUGGCGGCCCAAAGCGCGUUCGACACGUUCGGCUUCACCGCUGCUGAGCGCGCCCGCCAGCUCGCCCCCGCCGCGGACCGGCGCCCCUCCGUGAUCCCCGGAGGGGCCGUGGCAGAGCUGCUGGCGCCCGCUGCUGACUCCAUCGGCAAGGCGCUGCUGCGCAGGAUGGGGUGGAGAGAGGGCAGGGGGCUGGGGCCGGACGAGGUGGCAGCUUCCAGGAAGGUGCAGCGCGAGGGCAGGCGGGCAAUGCUGGCGCUGGCAGCGGGAGGAAGAGGGCGCGGGGAGGGGGGAGGAGACGAUGAUGGGGAGGCAGAGGGGGACGAGGACGAUGAGGAAGGGGACGCAUGGGGGGGUCGAGAGGAGAUUGUGGGGAAGGGCAGGGGGGCAAGGGGUGGCAAGGACGGGGGGGGCGUUGGCGGCAGCAGCGGCAGCAGAGGCGGCGGUGGCGGCGCAGCUGAGGGCGCCCAAGCGGGACACCCGGGGU